GCCAAUUUAGAAAACACUUAGAAGCUACGAGCUACCGACUGUUAAAGCAGCGAUAUUGAAGUCUUAAAUGUCGAGAUGGGAAGGAAGUAGGCCCCAUGCGAAACGUGUUCGAGGUUCUCACUUCUAGAGCUAAAGGCAGCAGCACGGGCAGAGGAAACUCGAAGACGACUCCAGUCGCCAGCAAGGGCGCUUACACUACCUGCCCCAUAUGCCAGCGCACAAUACCCUUAAACUUCGCCGACGCACAUGUCAGCGUCUGCCUGGCUUCACCGCCACCGCCACAACCGCCAACCACGCAGCAGCCGCAUCCAAAGCAGCAGCAGCGCGGCCCAGCAGCUUCACCUGCGCACAAAGUACCCUCGCCUUCGCCAUCGCACACGCCUCAGACCCACGCACAGCCACAGCCACAUGACGCACCAACCGCAUCCAAGCCUCCCGCUCGGCCACAGUCUCAGCCACAGGCGGAGGCACCAAAGGAGACGCCUCAAGCAUACCAGCCUGCACCUCAUCCCAUUCAGCCGGCAAGCAGACCCAAGGAGGGUAUCGCAGGGGCCUCCACAGCCCUAGCUGCGGAGCGCCCCACGCCCCAGGUGGCCCCCGUGCACCUAGAGGCGUGCGAGACACAGACGCGCCGCCUCCAACCAGCCCCAAGCCUCCAGCCGGCCGCAAGCCAGGGCCCCACAUGCAGCCAAACAGCAGGGCGCUGUGCCUUUGACCUCAUGCGCCAGAGCCAGCUGCGAGCCGCCGCCCGCUGCCAAACCUUCUUCCUGGAGCGAACACCGGA